GAGGCCCGGGGUUUUCCACGACACCGAGACGGCUGCCGGGAAUGCCGAAAGCUGAGCGUGGCGCUGCACCCUCCCAGGCCAAGAAUCAGGAGCUGGUGGUGUUGGGCUCGCAAGUUUUGCACAUUGGCUGUACGGGAGAUGCGACUUUAGACUUUGGACACUGGAUGUUGGCCGAGCCGAAUGAUCGUCAAGCUCCAAUCGCACCCUCGAAAGACGCCAAGGAUGUCGGGGCUUUGUCGGCUGUGGAUUAA